UGUACUUCCUGUUUCAUUUCUUUGAGAGAUGGCUUCGAAAAAGACCGGCUUGAUGGACAAAUGGAAAGCAGAUGAUAAGCCUGUGAAAAUAGAUAAAUGGGACUGUUCUGCUUUGAAAAAUGCAUUGGAUGAUGCAGCUAAAAAGGUGAUGACAGAGAAUUUUGGUUUUAAAGAAGAACACAGAUUGAUGGACCUGCGUUUACUGAUUUGUACUGUAGCUGUAGGAUUUUCUCUCUUUGCCCUUGUAUGGGACUACAUCAGGCCAUUUCCAGAAUCUCGACCAAUUCUCAUUAUUUGCGUUCUAUCAUAUUUCAUGCUCAUGGGAGUUUUGACAUUAUAUACCACAUAUAUGGAACAGAAUAUUUUCUUGGUAGCAUCAGAUAAAGACAAAGCAGGAUUAGAACCAGAUGAUAAAUGGGAGUUAGCCUCAACCCUCAAAAAGUACACUCACCUGUAUAAACUGAAAAUGACCUUUACCAAUGGAAAAACAGGUCUAAGCAGAUCAGAAGAAAUAGAGAGGCCAGUCAACAACUAUUUUGAUGAAGAUGGCACUUUAUUAUUUAAACUAUUUGAACCUGAAGUUAGAACUCUACAGGGCAGAAUAGCUGCUGCAUCCAAAAAGGAAUGACUCAUUUUGUUAUAAAUUUUCAUUAAUUGUUGGUGUCUCAAGUGCUAUAUGAAAAAAUAAAGUUUUAAAUUAUGAUGUUCAGAAGUUGGAAUAAUGUUAUGAAGAAAAUCAGCUUUGACUAGUCAUAUCGGAAGAAAAUAAUAUAUAAAUCAUUUCAUGUUAUGUAAGAAAAUGUAAAUUUAUAUUUUGAGAAUAAGAUGUUGCCAUGAUUAAUUAUAUCUGUUUUUCAGUGUUAAAAAGAGAAGAUUUCAAGCAGCUUAAUUUAUAGCUUCUGUGAUUAUCCUAACACAAUGAAUCAAUGUUUCCUGUACUAACAGUUAUUAUUAUUUGAAACCAGUUUAUAACCAAUUCAAACUGUAAUUCUGUAAAUGGCAAUGAAAAAAACAAUGUAUCCUGUAAAUGAAUUUAGUGCAAAAGUUAUUCCUGACAAAAUCACAGAUAAUGUCAAAUAAGUCUACAAUUGUAGUACAUUUUUUUCUUUUUUUUUUCUUCAAGAUUAUGUAAAAUAAACAUUUUAAGCAUGUGCAUUUGUAAAAAAAGGUCAAUUUAUAAAUAGAACCAUUGAUACAGCCCAUUAAAUAUCAAUGCCAUUAUUGGUUUUAAAUAAACAUUGGAAACAAAUAAUUCUAUAUGCUGUACAAAUUUAUGAAUCAAAUUCAUUCAUUAAUAUGGAGGUGCACAACAUUCUUGAAACAUGUAAAAAUAAAACUCCCUAAUUUAUAAUGGUUUUAAAAUGAUAUUUCCAACAGGUGCUUUAUACUAGUGUUGAAUUUUGUCUACACAAUCUAGACUCAUUAGUGUCAAUGUUUUGUUGUAAGGGAGCUACCAUUUGAUUUUUAUGGGGGGGCUAGGAUGAAAUUUGGAAAAAAGGCGGGACAGGAGUUUUGAGUAAAAAAAAGGCAGGAUGACAAUUUAUGUAAAAAAAGUCAGGAUAAACUAAAAAAAAAAAGGCUGGACCGAAUAGAGUGAAAAAUAAAAAGGCAUGACAGAGAUUACAACUACAAAAAAAAUGCAGGACAAAAUUUUUCAUCCUAGCCCACCCAUAAAAAUUAAAUGGUAGCUCCCUAAUGAAUUCCUAUUCUUACAAGAACACUUUUUUGCUUAAAUUAGUUUGCUUUUUGUAUGACAAAAUUUUUCACCUUUUUCUCUACCAAUUCUAAUCUAUAUGAUAAUUUGAAUUUAUUGCUGCUCUAUAAUCAAUAAUAAUUUUACAAUAAAUUGCUGACUAAUAGCAUUGGUUUGUUUAAGGAAGAGUGUGAUGGAUAGAAAUCUUAUGAAACAAAUGACUCUAUUCUGUGCCUUCUUAUGUUGUAUGUGAAAAUUCUAAUUCUAUGAUUUAAGUUUUGUUAGGAGGUGCUGUUUUUAGUAAGAUCAUUUUGUACCUUUGUUGUAAACAUUUUGUAAAACUUCUUGGUUAAGGAAUAAAUGUAUAUAAAAAUGUUA